UCCGAUUUUUUCCGGAAAAAAAGGCCGGACGUGACGUCACCGCGGUUCCGCAGUGGUUUUUUUCCCCACAGCAAAAUGGCGUCUGUGACAACAGCCACGUCUGAGUGGAUCCAGUUCUUUAAAGAUGCAGGGAUCCCCCCGGGUAUGGCUGCCACCUACGCCAUUUCGUUUGUAGACAACAGAAUUCAGAAAACCAUGCUGAUGGACCUCAGUAAAGACAUCAUGAUGGACUUGGGGAUCACGGUCAUCGGGGACAUCAUUGCCAUUCUCAAACACGCCAAGCACGUGUACAGACAGGACAUGUGCAAAAUGGCAACUGAAGCUAUUUCCUCUGGCCAGACCAGCGUUCAGGCUGAGCUGAGGCGUACAGCCAAUACCCCCGCCACCCGGAUGAUCGCCAACGCCUUGAGUCGGGACUCCCCACCGAGCACGCCUGCGCGUCGCCCUGACAACCGUCUCUCUGUGACCAUCUCCAACAAGAGCUCCAAAAUAGUUGCCAGUCAGCCUUCAGCUGAGGCGAACGGAGUACCUGUGAAACGGCGGCGAGUGACUUCUGAGAUGGAAGGGAAGUACAAGAUCAACAUGCCAAAAGGAUCCACCGCCCGAAGCCGACGCAUUCUGGCCCAGCAGGCUAAGAAAGUUACAACCAAGAGUUUGAAUCGUACUUCUGUGUUUGAGAGACUGGGCUCAGAAUCUAAGACAGACACAGCAACGGCAAAUCAGGUGAAGCAGGUAACAGGUGUGUUCAGCCGUCUGGGCAAAGUGGACGAAGAUGACGAUGCAGAGAGGGACAUGGUAGACGGGGCCACUGCUAACGAAGAUGAGGACAGCGAUGGCGAGGGCUCUGUGCUUCAGUAUGCUGGCGUCCUUAAACGCCCCCUACAGCCUUCCAAAAAAGAGCCUGUCGCGCAAAAAGCUAAACCAGUCACUCUGUAUCGCCUAAGCAACAAAUCUAAACUCCCUAUGUCAGAAAGCACUCCUUCUACUGUCCCCUCCUCUACAUCAUCCAGCCAGGAGGGGGCGCCCAAACGGAGAAUACUGCGGAGGUUGGGUAAAGCUCCCACAGCCAACCCUGUCCCUGCAUCCUCUACCAGCUUACGAUCUAACCAAUCAACAGAGACUCAGGAUAGUCAGGUGACCAGCAGCAGGAGCAAGGCGAGCUUUGCUCUUGCUAGCCCUAAAGUCAGCAGCAGCACAGGGACAGGCAGGGACUCACACGGGGCUCAGAUGGACGCUACCACAGUUAGCGUAUUCAAAAGACUCGGUGCCAAGAACAUCUAAUACAAACAAACCUCCUCAACACUCCUUUCUUAUGGAUUCCUUAUCUCCAAAUAUCCCACAUUCAGGGUUAAGGAUUAGAGUAGUAGAAUACAUGCCCCUAUGGUGCAUAUAGGAAUGAUCACAUGCACAGUAACAUUCUGCAAACUCUUUAAAUACUUUUCACACAUCUCCCUAUAUAGAUAUAUACAUCUAAAAUACCUACACUUUCUGGUUUCUAUGGCAGGUUUGUACUGCAAGGCAGUUAGGUAUUUGCUGAUAUCCUCUAAACACAUUUAGCAAUAUGAUGGCUUUAUAUUUGAGAUUUUUAUGGGCAUCUUUACACAUUUAGCAGCAGCGUAUUUGAAAAUUCAGACAGAAUUUCAGGUGUUUUGUUUCAUAGUGUACAGAAAUUGCAUUGCUCUGAGAAGGAAACAUGAUUUCUCCAAAAACAAGGUAAUUGGGAAGGCCUUGUAUUUUAUACUGCUGGAUAUUGUGUGUGCUGAAGAUUCACAUCAAGCAUUUCACAUCAACAUGCAUUGCUUGUAAAAAAAAGACAAGACCAAUGUCCCUUCUUCUUACUUAGGUGUCCACCAGCUUGCCCUUUUUCAUACUGUGUAGAUGUUAAAGACUUGUAAUAUGUUGUAAAGACAUGCACACCGUACCUCUAGUUACUGUCAAAACACUCCCUGACCUCAGUUUUCCUUCUUCUGAGUUAAGCCAUGUUUAGUGUUACCUAGAUGUAAUGAGUGAGCAAAGUGUCAUCUCUCCCUGCUGGGAAAUAGGAUGAUGUUGCUAUGCAACACACAUGGUGAUGGACCCUAGAGUGAUGUUGUUUUUCACCUCUAUUCGAGGCCACCAUUAAAAUAAUACUAAUAAGCAACUUGUGGGUUUGAAUUACACCAGCAGGUGCUGACCACAUUGUUGUCCCCUGUAAUUAACAUUUCUUUACCUGGCCUCUGACAUCGAGUCAGCCAAUUUUUUAUAUAUUAAUAAUUAUUUUAUGUUUAAGUUUUGUCUUUACAGGUUUUAAAUGGGGAAAAGAUGAAGUUUUAUUUUAUAAAAUGGUUGUAUUUGCAAGUGAGUGACCAUAAACUGGAAAAAAAAAGCUUGCUGUCUGCUUUAAGUCUUUCAAUUCAAAUGUGGUUACAUUUUUUUAAAAUAUGCCUCGUGGACUUUUCU